AUGACCAGACGCAAAACACGCUUACACAGACAAACAAGGAAAACCGGAAAGUGGGAGAACUACCGUCACUUCCAGCGUGAAUGCAAAAAGGCUUUCCGGAGAGCGGAGUGGUCAUACGUGAACAACACUAUUCAGAAAGGUCUGACAAAUAACAACACUAAACCCUUCUGGAGUUAUGUGAAGUCAAAACAACAAGACAAUGUUGGAGUAUCACCUCUGAAGAGAAAAGGCCAGCUCUUCAGGGACAGUUAUUCCUGCGAAACCCAGCUAGCUGUCACUAUUGAAGACCUAACAUCAAGCUACGACAGAGGAAUACAAACUGAUAUUGCAAUUUUUGACUUUUCGAAAGCAUUUGACACCGUGCCACACCAUAAGCUUCUUCAUAAACUGAAAGCUUACGGAAUACAGGGCCGCUUACACCAGGGGAUCCAAUCAUUUCUAUGUAACCGACUGAUGAGGGUAGUUGUUGAAGGGGAGUGCUCAAAAGAAGUCACGGUGGACUCAGGAGUACCCCCAGGUUACUGUAGUAGGCCCCCUCCUAUUCCUUUGUCAUAUAAAUAA